GUCUCUUGUGAAAAAGGCCUUUGACAUAGAGAAAGGGAUACACCACCAGCUUUUACUAAGUAAUGCUUAUUGUGCUUCCUGUGGGGAUUUACUCUCAAUUAGUUAUGGGUAAUUAUGCAAAAAACAUAACUGGUGAUUUAGAACAAAGCAUGUGCAUACUGCUGACACAGGAUAUACAGGCUCAGGUCAUAACAGAUGAGCAGCGCUUCCCCUCUGAGUGUAGUGUUGGAGCUCAGCUGCAUUCCUAAUAUGGACUGGAAUUUCAAGAUGUCAGAACGCGUGUUGAGAUAUUCAACACAGUCGCUGAAAAGAGCCGAGUCAACAAGCUUUAUCUGAAUUUUACUGCAAGUUAAGGAAUUCAUAUAACAAUUAUUAACUCGGAUCUUUAAUAACUUAGCGAGAUUAGCAUUGUUCUCAAUAACGACACAGAUGUAGGACAGUGUUUUUCGUUAUUGAUUCUAUUACCAUGUUUCGCAAUUAAGAUAGUUUUACAAAUACAAAUGCAGCCGUUUGUCUUUUUAAUUAAGUUGACGGUUGUCGGCUAUGGAAUGGUUACAAAGAAACAUCAGUUUGCGUUUAAUAACGUUAGUUACGUAUUAAGUUUUAGCUUCGCGCGGCACAAAUGUCAUCUAUCUCUUCGCCACACUGACAUCUUUGCGGUGUUUUGUCACGCAGAUCUAGUUUUGACUGGUUUAAUCUAGUCCCGUGAGCAUGCGCACUCGGUGUAAACAGGAAGAACAGACGAAAACUAGGGUAAAUCUGCCAUAAAGAGAAGAACAUGAAAGAAGCAAAUCGAACGAAUGCAUCGAUUCUGAUCAUAUAUUAAUUAAUACAAAUGUUGUCCUCUACCGCGUGAUAGUAUUUUCGUUACAUUUUGUCGAGGCGCUUGCUAAAUUUUUGACAGAAUCGCUAAUGCUGUAAACUAGCUAGCCUUAGAGAGUGACGAUUUAACGAUUUCCUCUAGGUACUGCUUGACGAAUUUGUCUGCGGAACUGCAUUUUAAAAUCAGCCCGUACUUUCUGAAUUUGGUGACUCGACGUUACAUUGGGAGAAAGCUCCAACAAUGGUUCAAAAAGAAAAGAUGCUGGAGACUCCACCAGUGGACGGUGAGCCGAGCCCCAGCCCAGUCUCCGGAGAGGCUUGUGCCGAGGCUUCUGGCCCGGUGGAAGAGUCCAGCAUUGCAGUCGAACCGGCGGGCCACAGAAAAUUCAUUAGCGGAGUCGUGGAAGGCUUUUAUGGUCGACCGUGGACAAUGGAGCAGAGGAAAGAGUUAUUCAGACGGCAGCAGAAAUGGGGACUGAAUACAUACCUUUACGCACCCAAAGAUGAUUACAAGCACAGAAUGUUCUGGAGAGAGCUCUACUCAGUGGAAGAAGCAGAACAACUCAUGACUUUAAUUGGUGCUGCCAAGGAGCAUGGGAUAGAGUUCAUUUACGCCAUUUCCCCUGGACUGGACAUCACCUUCUCCAAUCAGAAAGAGGUUUCUGCACUCAAGAGGAAACUUGAUCAGGUUUCUCACUUUGGCUGCAAGUCAUUUGCCUUACUUUUUGACGAUAUCGACCACAACAUGUGCCCUGCUGACAAAGAGGUGUUCAGCUCAUUUGCACACGCUCAGGUUUCCAUUACCAACGAAAUCUACCAGUACCUGGGAGAGCCCGAAACCUUCCUCUUCUGUCCCACAGAAUACUGUGGAACAUUCUGCUACCCAAGUGUCUCUCAGUCCCCCUACCUCCGCACAGUAGGAGAGAAGCUACUGCCUGGCAUUGACGUGCUAUGGACAGGCCCCAAGGUUGUGUCCAAAGAUAUCACAGUAGAGUCUAUUGAGGAGGUGUCAAAAAUCCUAAGAAGAGCCCCUGUGAUCUGGGACAACAUUCAUGCCAAUGAUUACGACCAGAAGAGACUUUUCUUGGGUCCAUACAAAGGCCGCUCAACAGAGCUCAUCCCCAGGCUGAAGGGAGUCCUCACCAAUCCUAACUGCGAGUUUGAGUCCAACUUUGUAGCAAUCCACACUCUGGCCACCUGGUAUAAGUCUAAUAUGAAUGGUGUGCGCAAGGAUGUUGUGAUGACUGAUGGCGAGGACAGCACAGUGUCCAUCCAGAUUAAGUUAGAGAAUGAGGGCAGUGAUGAAGAACUAGAGACUGACAUGCUCUACAGCCCACAGCUUGCUCUAAAACUGGCUCUCACGGAAUGGCUGGGAGAAUUUUGUGUACCUCGUCAAUACAACAGCCGACAGGUGCCUCAGAGUAGUGCCAAAGGUACAGCCAUUGAUGUGUCAUCCAUGGCUGCUCCCUCUCUCUGCUCUUCCACAACAGUCACAACCGUGUUCCAGCAACCCAUCAUGUCCCCAGCUAUGCCACCUCUGUGUCUGGAUCCACUCUCGCACCCUUUGGCAAAAAGACCUCAGGAGGAGGAGGUGGAGGUGGAAAAGAAGGAUUCAGAUGAGGAGCCCAUGGAGAUGGUGGUUGAGAAGAUGGUGGAUGAGCCAGAAGCAGAAGCUGACCCAGAGGUGAAGCAUGUUGGUCCUGUCUUGACUGAAAAGAUGACAGAGGACCUGAAGCCUAUGGAUACUGACAAAGAGAGUUUGGCUGAGUCCAAGUCCCCUGAAGAGUCUAUCCAGGAAGACUCUGGGAGCGAUAUUGCUCCUAUGCAGACAGACGAUCAACUCAAGCAGGAUGUGUUUGUGCCUGGACCCAACGAAAAGCCUCUAUUCACAGCAGAACCCCUCACACUUGAGGACCUCAGCUUGCUGGCAGAGCUCUUCUACCUGCCUUAUGAACAUGGGAACAAGGCCGUGCAGAUGUUAAGGGAGUUCAAUUGGCUAAGAGCUAACAGCAGUGUCGUCAGUGUCAACUGCAAGCGAAAGGAAACUGAAAAGGUAGCAGAAUGGCAGUCAAGGGCAGAGAAGUUUGAGGAGAUGUGCUGCUCCGUCAUCCAGAUGUUCACACGCCUUUCCAAUUCAGCCAACCGCACCAUUCUGUACGACCUCUACCCUUACAUCUGGGACAUCAAGAGCAUCAUUUCUAUGGUCAAGUCUUUUGUACAGUGGCUAGAUGGAAGAAUCCACAGUACAAGUUUCUACUGCUAUUGGAUCGACAGUGGCCGAUGGUGUCGUAGUCAGUCCUCAGCACAAUUCCUUAGAGGAGACCAAGAGCCCUGGGCCUUUAGGGGAGGUCUAGCAGGAGAGUUCCAGAGAUUGUUGCCAAUAGAUGGGGCAAACGAUCUUUUCUACCAGCCUCCACCUUCAAUGCCAACCUCCAAACUCUAUUCCAUACGGCCAUACUUUCCCAAAGAUGAGGCUGCAGUUUAUAAAAUCUGUAAAGAAAUGUACUGUGAAGGACUGGAGGACAUUCCUUUUUCUGAUGAGGAUCCUGACCUCAUAGGAGACAGGUUAGUAGGAGGUCUCCUGUCACUGAGUUCAGAGUAUGGGUUUGUGCUCGAGGAUGAUGAAGGGAUUUGCGGUUAUGCUCUUGGUACCGUUGAUGUCAGGCCUUUCAUCAAGAAAUGCAAGUUGAGCUGGAUUCCUUUCAUGCAGGAGAAAUACAACAAACCUGACUGUCAGAAGGACCUCACAGAGGCAGAGAAGAUGAUGCUGAGUUUCCAUGAAGAGGAGGAGGGUCUUCCAGACUCUUUCCUCUCCAACUUCCCCUCUCUCAUCAAGGUUGACAUUCAUGCCAAGGUCACUGACCCCAGUGUGGCCAAAAGCAUGAUGGGAUGUCUUCUGUCUUCUCUCAAGGCCAACGGGUCCCUUGGUGCAUUCUGUAAAGUUCGUCAGACUGAUAAGAGAAUGUUGGAUUUCUAUAGUAAGCUGGGAUGCUUUGAAGUGGCCAAGAUGGAGGGCUUUCCCAAAGAUUUCAUCAUUAUGGGACGCAGCCUAUGAAGAAGCACCCUGCUACAACAGCAGACAAAGAGAUAGCAAGGCUGUGUUUGCCCAACACGUUUGUUACCUUCAUGAGAAAAACUUCCAUGAUGAUUUUAUACUCUAUUAUCGUAAUGGGCUAGCCCCGGGAAACCUCUUUUUAGGAUUUGUGUACAGAAGCACAGCAGUCGCACACAGAUUCCCUGUGCUGCCCUUAGAUGUUAUGGCUUCAUCAGAUUCAGCAGAUCUGAAGCUAAAAGGCAGAGGAGUGAUCUGUAAUCAGAUGAUUUGAGCCAACAUGGAAGAGUGGCAUUCCAGCAUUGAUUUCUGGGGUCCCACUAAUCAUAUACCUCCAGGAGGCAGGAAGUAAUAACUCCUUAAGCCUUUUUUCUGAUUUAAUCCAGUAGCCAUUACAUGGAUAUUGCCUGCAUGCCCUAAUGCAAAGUGUCUGUAUCUGAAAUGGAGGCAGAGCUGUGAAAUGAGGGCGGCCUGUAUCUCAGGUAGUGUCUUACUACCCCCUACGUCCUGCUUUCCCAGCUUUAACAUAGAGAAAUAACACAGCUGUCGACAUAAGUAGGACAACUUUGCACAGGAUGUGAGGUGUUAUGUGAGAGUUUGCCUUUCAUCAUCACAUCAUAGUAUUUCCAACUGCUCCACAAUAGGCUCGGAGAAAGAGGCCCUUUAAGAGGCGUGUCUGUAACAAAAAGCAAUGUGAAAUUCUGGGUCUGUACACAUGAACAUGGGGGUGGGAAGUUGUAGCUUUUGGGGAUUGUGAAACCCUUCAUAAAAGAUUGUCACAGACUAGCACAGGGACAGUAUUUGUUAAGAUCCUAAAGAUUAGAACCAGGAGGUCUUCUGAAUUUCCGUUCAAGUAGUAUUAGACAUUUGGAAAGCAAUGGAAAAGCUUCCACAAGUUUACAAAUAUGGUUCUCAGCCUAUUUCUGUUGAGCGCUUUGCUUGUGGCCCUUUUUCCUCCUUUUUUAAUAAAUAAGUAGGUCUUU